AUGUCACAAAGGGUGACUCUGACUCUCUCAGGAACACAAAAUAAAAGUCAAAUAUAUGUACGUCGCUAUGACCUGACUAAACUCGUGUCUCUUGUUAAGAAUCGCCCAAUUUCAGGUGAUCCUGUGGAUGAUUACUUGACAAAGACAUCAGUGAGAUCAAGAGAAUCUCAUCAAAAUGAGUCAUCUGAUACCUCUUCCUCAGAAUCAUCAUCAGAAGAUGAAGAAACGUAUGAAGAGAAACAUGAACAUGAUAAUGGAAUUUGUUGUAAUGCAAAUUGUACCAAAAACAAUCUUGCUCAUAACCAAAAGAAGAGGAAAUUAGAAGAAAAUUCUAAAUUUCCAAUGAAAAGGAGGAAAUAUUCUAAGGACAGUUCAGGGAAAAAAAUCAAAGGUUGUAGAAAUCAAGAUGAAAAGGUUGAAGAUUCUUUGCCAAGGGCUGUCAUUCACACCUGCGAUGUGAAGCUUAGAGUGCGGGCGGAGUAUGUUCGCCAUGACGAUGAUCUACAUAACCACAUCCACUCCAACAAGCAACACCGUAAGGAAAAGCAGUUUGAGUUAUUCUCACAAGCUAGCACGAUCUUACGAACCAGAGACCUUGGCUCCAUUGUUUGUGAUAUUAAAUUCUCAGAAAUCACUUACCUGGAUGCCUUUUGGAGGGAUUAUGCCAAUGGAGCCUUGCUUGAAGCAUUGAAAAGCGUGUUCAUAUCAGAAGCGUUGAAGGAGGAGAUUGGCCAUAAUGCAAUUCGGUUACUAGUUAGCGUCGACGAGGAGGAUUACGAGAAGGGGCGCAACACUCUCAUGAAAAACCUGACUUCGGAAUUAUGAUUUAAACUUGUACUACUAUCCUACAGAGGUACCUUUAGGCAGUUUAACUUGAUCACAUGAUAAACUCCGGUUGGUGCAUAUUCAGAGGCUGGAGUAACUGGACAAAUUUUUCAUAUUUUUGUUAUGUUCUUUACCUGAAAAAAAACUUUCGAACUAUUAGAAUGCCUUCUGAAUAAGUCAGCUAGUGUGGCUGUAUUUUAAAUGAACAUUUUUGCUGCAGCUUAAGGUUGUUAACAUAGGCCUUAUAAUAGUAGUGAGACUUGUUAGUUUAUAGAGUGUUAUAUGGUUUAUUUCUUUGUUGGCGGCAAGUCGCUCCUUGUAGGAUGAAAUAAACAAACUUGGCCAUGAUAUUUGAAUGCCAAAGAAUUAUGAAUUUACUUACAUACCUACAUUUGGCCCAUUAGGCUGCUGUGUGGCCCAUAUAAGGAGGUCAGAUUUAAAGGUUUGUUUUUGAUAAGAUAAUGAUGAUCUGUCACGGUUUUACCUGUAUGAUCAACUUACUCCAGCGAUCUAUUCAACUUCAGAUACUGUGCUGGAUUUUGGGAGUGGUUAUUGAAUUGACUACAAUUCAGGUCCUCAACCCAGCAUUUGGGGAUAAUUACAUUUGGGCAAAGCACUUUACCUAAAUUUUGUCUUCCAACCUAGGAGUAUAAAUGGGUACCAAGUGGGAUGUUGUGGCAUUGAAUGUAUUAGUCUGUGCCUAGUGCAGUAGGUAACUCAGGAAACAAAAAGUUUGCACCAAGGUUGGUAUAACAUGGCUAGCACCUUGUAAGGCAUUCUAUAUGAUCAUCAUCUUCAUGAUUUUAAUUCUAAUCAAAAAACAAAUGUAAACAGACAGCUCAAAAUAUUAACAUUAGCCAAAUUUAUUUAUAUAAAAAAUCCUUUUAAUGUACAGUAUUUAACAAAUGCCCCAUGGUCUAAUGUACUGUACUAUCAUUACUGUACGAUUCAUGAUAAUCUGUUUAAAAAAACAUAAAAGUUCUGAACAUGGAAAACAUUUGGUAAGGCAUCUUAAAAGGCAUUCUAUAUGAUCAUCAUCUUUAUGGUUUUACUGUAUAUCUAUAUAGAAAUGCAACUGUUAACAGACAACUCAAAAUAUUAACAUCAGCCAAAUUUAUUUACUUUAUAUAAAAAAAGCCUAAUGGACUAAUGUACUGUACUAUCAUUACUGUACAAUUCAUGAUUAUAUGUUUAAAAAAUACGUAACAGUUCUGAACAUGACAAACAUUUGAUCAUAUCAGUUUUAUAUUCAUGGUUGCUCACAGUAACAUAAUAUGGCAGCACUGUUUGAAAAAAGUAUGGUAAUAAUUUUUUUUUUCUUAAUUUUGCUUCAUUUAUACUAGUAUUUUAUAUUCACACAACAAUCUGAUAUUUAAAAAUACAUAAAUUCUCAGAAGAAUAAUUAAAACAAUAUUGUUCGUCUUGAAAGAUGGCUGUUAUUAUGCUAUUAUAAAUAAAUAUAUCCUACUCACAAUGACUAAAGAGGUACAAUAGUAGAUAACGCUUUGGAUGGAAAUGUUAUCAAAAAAGAAAUGGACGGAAUGGGUAUAAAAAGAAGGUUGUUACGCUCAUUACAAGCAAAUUAAUUAUUAAGGAAAUGGGCAUUCUUCCGACAUGCCAUAGUGCAUAAAGAUAGUUUAAGGUUAGCAUUAAACCAGCCCCACCAAUUGGAACAAUAACCAUAGCCGAUUAUUAAAUUUGGAUAUUUUAUCACACGAAGGACGGAAUGAUUUCACACAUGACAUCAAUGAAGACAUCACACACUAAUGAUAUCACACGAUUAAGCACAUCACCAUGCAGAUACUAUAGAAGCUUUACACUAAUUGUGGUAUAAGCACACACGUCUUCAGAUGUUGGGGAUAAAAAUUCUACACUUAAUGUGGCUAUGUUCACAUACACCAGCUAACGGUUAGCAGGAUCCACAUAAAUAACAUACACGCUCGCCCUUGCAUUAAUACAAGAAAAUCCCCAAUCCAGAUAUCAAGAUGAUGAUGGGAUCACUGGCCAUUAGGAAAUUAGAAAUGCAUACAUGUGAUUAAUUAAUGAUAGAAACGCGCUUAACUUGCUAACCCACAAGGUUUUUUUUUUGCAGCCUGCGACAAUGAAUUAAAAACCCUAUGUGUGCGGCCUGCCAAGCAACAUUGGCUAGAAAACACCUUGUUUUUUACGAUCCGACACCAAUCAUAUGUAAAAAGUAACAUUAAACCUAAGAAUAAAGUGGUGUAAAGGCAAUGCUUUUGGAAGGUCGCUGGAAACAUCAAAAUUGUGGUGCGGCCCUCGGUUUUAAAUUGAAAAUUCACUUUGGCCCUCGUAACGAUUUUUAUGCCCACCCCUGUGUUAACUGACAGCGCUCGCUGUUAGCAUAUCCAGAUUCUGAUAAUGGUUAGCGCUAACCGAUCAGGCGUUCUCACACGGGUGCUAAUGGUUAGUGCUAACAGUUAGCUCCCAAUCCGGAUACUAGGGCUCUAGUGUGAACCUAACCCUAGUCUCAGACCCACUAUUGUUUGCUCUUCUCACCCCCCCCCCCCCAAAAAAAA